GGUUAGGGGGUGAGACGCGUGCUCCCGCGGGAGUAGUGGGAUAGAGCGCAUUCGCGAGAGAUCAGAGGAGGAGAAGCGCGACCCCGCGAAGGAGCGCGCUCCCGCGGGAGGUGAGGAGAGGGGCGCGCGCCAUGUCCGCCGGGACGCUCCGCAUACUGGCCUGUGGCGAUGUUGAAGGGAAAUUGAAUGUAUUGUUUAACAGAGUACGGUCAAUUCAAAAGAAAAGUGGAGAUUUUGAUCUACUGUUAUGUGUAGGAAAUUUCUUUGGAACCUCAGCAGAGGCAGAAUUGGAAUGGGAAGAAUACAAAUCUGGAGCCAAGAAAGCUCCAAUGCAAACAUAUAUAUUGGGUGCCAACGCUCAAGAAACAAAAAAAUAUUACUCCAAUGUAGAUGGAUGUGAAUUGACAGAAAACAUUACAUAUUUAGGUCGGAAAGGUGUCUUUACAGGAGCAUCAGGUUUGCAAAUUGCUUACCUGAGUGGAACAGAAGCCCGGAAUGAACCAGCUCCUGCUUUCUGCUUUACCGCUGAGGAUGUGACAAAUUUGAAGAGUUCACUCGCUGACAGCUCCAAAUUCAAGGGGGUGGAUCUUCUCCUGACAUCACAGUGGCCAAGAGGAGUAUGGCAAUAUGGAAACAGUGUGGAAGAUAUUGAUAAAAAACUAUGUGGCUCUGUGCUCAUAGCAGAUCUUGCAUCUACCCUAAAACCCAGAUAUCAUUUUGCUGCUUUGGAAGGAGCUAAUUAUGAAAGAUUACCGUACAGAAACCAUAUGAUACUACAGGAAAAUGCACAGCAUGUCACCAGGUUCAUAGCACUGGCAAAUAUCAGCAAUACCAGUAAGAAAAAGUACUUGUACGCAUUUAAUAUUGUACCCAUGAGUUCCAUGGAGUCAACUGAAUUAGUGAAACAACCCCUUGACGUUACAGAAAGUCCAUACGCGAAAAUGGCCAAGGAAUUUCAAAGAUCAAAAUUGGGGGAAUCUGCAUCAGAUACACAAUUCUUCUUUGACCUGAGCAAACGAGAAGGAAAGAAAAGAUUAUCUGGCGAAGGAGGACCUCAUCAAUCAAAACAGGCCCGUAAGCCACCUAAGCCAACAAGUCCUUGCUGGUUCUGCCUUGCUAGUCCUGAGGUAGAAAAGCACUUGAUAAUCAGCAUUGGUACCCACUGUUAUAUUGCCCUUGCCAAAGGCAGCUUAUCUCCUGAUCAUGUACUUAUUUUGCCCAUUGGACAUUACCAGUCAAUGGUGGAGCUUCCGUCAGAAGCCAUUGAAGAAGUGGAGAAGUGUAAGGUGGCUUUGAAGAAGUUUUACAAGAGCAUUGGGAAACGGUUUGUGAUGUUUGAAAGGAACUACAAGAGUCAGCAUUUGCAGCUGCAGGUGGUUCCUGUCCCUAUUCAGUGUUGUACAACUGAAGACAUUAAAGAGGCUUAUAUUGUACAAGCAGAGGAGCAACAGAUGGAGCUCUUGGAAAUCCCUGAACAUUCAGAUCUCAAGCAAAUAAUUCAACCUGGAUCGGCAUAUUUCUAUGUGGAGCUGGACAAUGAAGAGAAGUUAUUCCACAGAAUAAAGAAACAAUUUCCUUUGCAGUUUGGAAGGGAGGUGUUGGCGAGUGAAGCUGUCCUGAACAUCCCUGACAAAGCAAAUUGGAGGGAAUGUAAAUAUAGCCGAGAAGAUGAAAUAGAAUUUGCCAAGUCCUUCAGAGAGGGUUUUCAACCAUAUGAUUUUUCCUUGCUUGAUUAAAUUGAAUUUAUUAUCUUAUUUAUAGUGAAUGCUUUCAACAGCAUUGGUCAAUGUUUCUCUGAAAAUAAUCCAUUUGAGAGGAAUUAUUCCAGGUGCUAUAACUUUGAUACAGAUAUAUUUUUCAAUUGCAGAACAACGUGUGCUGUUAUAGUGGACUGAGUGUAAUUGUGUACAUACGUCAAGGUCAGUUUUUAAAGCAUAGUAAAGAUGAAUCCCAUUUUUCUAACAUGAGCUUUACAACUGGUUCCAUUUCACAACUCCUUGUAUUUUUUACAAAGAUGCAAUUGGAAAUUAUUGGUUUCAUGUGAUUCUGUAAAUUGCAGUUUUAUUUCAGUGGUUCUUGGGUGUAUUUUUACAAUUUUAUAAUGAAACAAAUUAGUUUUUUUUUUAAAAGAAUGUUUACACUGCAGUAGAUUCACUGGUGCAUUUCCCCAUGUUUGAUGUAAUAAAAUCCAUUACUAUGA